GUAGAAUCUUUCCAGGACAUUGUAUUGAAGCAUCAAAUUUCGAUAACAAACGGAGACGUGAAUGGUAGAUUUUCAGGUGAUUGCAAUGAUCCUGAACAGCCAGGCCAAAAAUCGAAUGAAAAAACAAGACCGAGCAAACAAAUUUCACUCGCCUAAUUGAAAAAUUUAGACAUAGAUGAGAAGAUACUUUAUGUAGCUGGAAUGUGUAACGAGCUUAUUCAUGGACAAGCCGAAGUGAGAGCUGCUCAUGCAGCGAAUAGAUCGAUGUCCGGCUCCUCCAAAACGCUAAUGCACUAUUCUGAGGAGGGGAAGCGAUUUCCGAUUAGCAGCUUAAAAGAUUUUGAUAAGUUUAACGAAGAUUUACGAGACAAGGCAUACGCCUUUAAAGUGAGAGAACUUCUGAGCGUAAGAAAAGGAAAGAGCGAACAUGAAACUAUCCGUGGUAUGCACACGUAUAUAAUGAAGGACGAUAUCGCUGUCAAAUUUAACUUUUGUGGACGCCGGAACAAAAAAGCAUUCCAAAAUCAAAGGAUAUGGGACAUAAUAUCGAUGAUACGAUGAAAUAUGCCGACGGUACCUGCAAGUGUUGCCUUAGAGAAGCAACGAAGCGUUUGAGCGAUGCAGCAAGAAAAAAGAGCAAAAAUGACGAGAAUGUUGAAACAACAACAUAAGCGUUUACAUAAUUUUAAUAUCAAUAUAUAUUCAUGUUAUUCGAUUCUUAUUAUUUUUAUUCUUCUUCUUAUUAUUAUUAUUCGAUAUUUACUUUUUCGUCGCGUAAUACGAGACAAAAUUCUGUCGAGACUUUGCUCUAUUCAGCUAUUCCCAUUGUAUGUUUUAAUAUAUUAAGCUAAAUAUUAAUACGUAAUAUGUAAUCAUUUAUCAUUUCCAAGUAUUUAUAUUUUAAUAAAUAAUAUUUAAAAUGA